UCAAUAGCACUUGUUCCACUCCAAAAAGGAGAUAUUGCCGAAAUUUUUGGAAUUGAACAGAAUUAAAUUUUUAUUUUAAUGUGAUUGACCAUUAGUUUUAAUCUCAUCAAGAAUAGGAAUUUCUUAUUUUAAUUAAACGUCGCAAAAAACAGAAGAGAUAUGAGUCAAAUAAGAUUUCCGUGAUACACAUUUUAUUUGGAGUAAUUAAAAGAAAUCCGAAGAUUAUUGACGUUUGGAUUCCAAAAGUUGUUUAAAAAAACACCAGAAAAAUCACAUAAACGAGAAACAAGCCCCACAUUCCACAACAAUUAAUAAAAUGGAUUUGCCAAGAAGACCGCCAGCAGAACUGGACACAAUGCGUCACGCCCAAUACUUCAAACGAAUAACCCAGAUAAUGCCCUGGCAAAUGGCCUCAUACGAUUCGAUUCGCAUGUUGUUUGGUUUUUUCGCGAUAUCAGGUCUGGAUCUCCUGAAUUCCCUAAAAAUCCUGAAGGAGGAGGACCGCCUAGGAGCAGUAGAAUGGAUCUACAGACUCCAGGUGAAAGAGGCAGGAGGUAGAUCAGGUUUCCAAGCAUCCACAAUGCUUCCAGAUGAGCCCUCAGAGUAUUUGUGUGGUCAUCUGUCCAUGACUUACACAGCCCUUGCCACAUUGCUGACUCUUGGCGACGAUCUGUCGAGGGUCGACAAGAAAUCCAUCAUCGAGGGGAUCAGAAGCUGCCAGAAUCCAGAUGGCUGUUUUAUUGCUAUGAUCACUGGCUCCGAAAGUGAUAUGAGAUUUCUCUACAGUGCCUGCUGUAUCUGCGCUAUUUUAGACGACUGGAGUGGAUUCAAUAAAGACAGGGCUAUUGAUUAUAUCAUCAAGAGCAUUUCGUACGACGGAGCGAUGGGCCAGGGUCCAGGAUUAGAGUCCCACGGUGGUUCGACGUUCUGUGCGGUUGCAAGUCUCUACCUCAUGAACGAACUCCACAAUGCCCUGACUCUGGAGCAGCUGGAGAGAUUGAGGAGGUGGUGUCUCAUGAGACAAAAUGAUGGCUUCCAAGGUAGACCUGGUAAGCCAACGGACACGUGCUACAGCUUCUGGGUUGGUGCUACUCUUCACAUGCUCGAUGUACAACAGUACUCAGAUGCUGAGGAGAAUCGAGAGUACGUACUCAGCACUCAGGACACUAGAAUCGGGGGAUUUGCCAAAUCCUACGACAUGAGAGCUGAUCCACUUCAUGCGUAUCUGGGUCUCUCGGCCCUCAGUCUUCUGGGAGAACCUGCCCUUCAACCCAUGAAUGCUGCCCUCAAUAUUUCCAAUCGUGCCUAUGCACAUCUCAAGGAUCUCCACAAAAAAUGGAAUCAAUAGACGAUUAGUUCACUGAUAAUUUAUGCAUAAACACAAUUCAUAUCAACGCACAACCUCAGACGUAUGUCAAUUACAUACAAAUAAUCAUGGAAUCGAGUAUUAUGGAGUCAAUAUAUUGAGGAAGGAAUAAUUAAUCAGUGUAAAUUGCGAGAGAAAAAUAAAUAA